CAUUGAACGCAGCAGUAGCCCUCAGCUGUCUGAGACCUGAGCAGCUGUCACUUGAUUUUGUGUACUCAGCUAACAGACACGCACUGUUAUUUCCAGAGAUGCCUUUCAUGAAAUAACCCUCUACUACUCUUGAACUUUGCCACAAUGGCGCGUGGGCAUCAGAAGAUUCAGUCCCAGCAGAAAAAUGCAAAGAAACAGGCCGAGAUGAAGAAGGCCAAGGGUCAUGAUCAAAAAACAGCAGCAAAGGCAGCGCUAGUUUUCACCUGUGCUGUGUGUAAGUCCCAGAUGCCGGACCCGAAAACAUUCAAGCAGCACUUUGAGAGCAAGCAUCCGAAAUCACCCAUGCCCCCUGAGUUAGAGGGAGUGGAGGCAUAAGCAAUCACACUGGAUACCAAACCUGAGUUUCUCAAGGCCCUGCACCUAAUCUGCACCCAUCUCAAUCUGGCAACAUUGGAUGAUUUGAUGCAACAAACCUGGGGCAUUUAUCCUCAACUAGACUUUAAAUGGGCCAGGUUGCCUUUGAUGCAAUGCUUUCUCCCAUCUGGUAUUAGCGUUUGUUUAAUAACACUAGACAUGACUGAGGGUUUUGAUUUCAAAGUUAUUGAAGAACUGUACAAUCCAGGAGCAAUCCACAGACUCCUCACUGCCCUAAUGUGUUGUACACAUAGGAAUAUUUAUUGCUGCUAGCGCGUGUUCCUCCUUAUCUCUAGCUUUGAUGGCCUAAAUAUCUGACGAAACCUUUGUAGCCACCAUGCCACAUGAGGAAGAAUCCAUGCAGUGUCCUUAAACAAAGCUUGGUUUUGGCUUGAAUGGGAGAAUUCUGAUUUGCUGCAACCAGGGCAAUGAAAAUGUGACCUCACCUAUUUUAGCUUUUAGUAUUAAAUACAAAGGCUGUGAAAAUGUCCCCUAUAUCCAAUAUGAUAUGCCUCCACAGCGCUGUCUGCCUUGUUCUACUACUGUAAUUUGUCAUCCAGCUAACCCUGAUUUCAUGUUGGCUAAUAAGAAUGUGAAAUUUUGCUAUAGCCGUUUCCAAGAUGCUACAUUAAUCAUCAAAUAAAAUUUUACGGGAGUUUGUCAGCAAAAUUUGUAUGCUUGGAAAAUGAAU